CACCUUUGACUUUUCCCUGAUGGCAUUGAUACUUCUUUGUACCGAGCCACACGUAAGGGAUGCCAUUAAAAAUAUAGGGAGACUGUCUUCUUUGUUGAGUUGAUUGCCAACAUAUUGAUGGGAUUUGAGAGUGCGAUUGCAAUACAUUGUGUAGCGACUCUAAAUAUGUAAUGCAUACAUAGGUUUAGAGUUAGAAUAUAAAUAAUUUUUUUAAAAAUGUCGCGCGCACAUCAUUGUGAAUUUAGCGCGGCAGAUAACAUUUAAAAGAAAACGAUUUAUUGAACAAUAGAGCACCUAUUUGCACUUGCUCAUACAGAAAACGAGUUGAUUAAAAGUGUUAGAACUUACGAUCAUAAUUGAAUUCUUUCGUCUCUGAUAAAAUAGUAAUUUGACUCGCGCACCAAAGAUGCAUUACGUCAUACACGACAUCACUUAGUCGAAUAAAUAUUUCAACAACCUAAUUUUACUGAUACAAACUAGCCACUACCUGUUCCUGCACAUAAUUUUGAAAAAAUCAUAAUGACAGAUAUAUAUAUAAUACCACAAACAAACAGUUUGUUGGAAUAUGCAAGAAGUUGUAUUUGAUUGCUCAAAGAUAUAUGGUUAACUCUGUUUUCUUCCAAUGUUUCACCGUUUCUUUAAUUUCUACACCAAAAUGUAAUUUACCAGCCUUGCUUCUAUUAAGUUUUAUUUUCCAGAUGAGUUUCAAAAAAGAAAAAAAGCCAUUGUUAACACGUGAAAUUAGGGAUGAUUAUAUGGGGAGUUCGACUGCUUCUUUAUCGUCAUAUGAUUAUGAAACUUAUGUCAAACCUUAUGCUCAUACUGAGACUGGUACAUAUUGGUACCGUUGGUAUAUACUUGCCUUAUUCUCAUUGGUGGCAAGCAUGUGUAAUAUAGCGUGGAAUUCUUGGGGUCCAAUCGAGACAACAUCCCGUGCUGUGUUUGGUUGGAGUAAAGGAACAAUCUCAUUGUUGUCUGACUGGGGAGCCAUAACAUUUGUGUUGGCGGUGUUUCCAUCAUCAUACAUAUUAGACGUGUUCGGACUUCGAAGAGCAACACUAAUGGCUAUUCUAUGUCUGGUUAUUGGAACAGGGUUGCGUUGUAUCACAUCUCAUCCGGAAACAGCUACCUACCUUAUUCAUGUUGGACAGAUUAUGAUUGGAUUGUCGGGACCUGUAGGACAGGCAUCAGCAACUGCUCUUUCAAGUACAUGGUUUCCGCCAAAUCAGCGCACCACUGCAACGGCUAUUGCAUCUUUGGCAAGUUACUGUGGCACAGCAAUUAGUUUUGUUAUUGGGCCGCAUCUUGUUGGCGACAUUGAUAAAACACACAUGUCCAAAACAAAUCCAGGUUACAAAGAAGAAAUACAUAAACUAUCAGACGAAAUUAUGAGAUUCAUGUAUAUUCAAUUUGGCGUAUGUUCUGGCUUAUUUCUUUUAGUUUUAAUUUCAUUUCCAAGCAAGCCUCCGAAGCCGCCCAGCGCGACAGCUGUUAUGGAAAGAGUUGAUUUUAUGGCUGGAUUGAAAAAGCUGUUUUUUAACCCACAGUUCCAGCUUAUUGCAUUUGCGUAUGGUCUUACGACUGGAAUUUACAGUGCGUGGUGUUCAGAUCUUGCACUUAAUUUAAAAGCUUUUCAUAUUGACGAUGAAACCGCGGGCUGGUUUGGGUUUUGGGCUGUUAUAGCUGGUUCUGUGUCUGGCAUUACUCUGUCUUUAAUGGCCGACCGACUUGGUGCACUCAAGCUUCUUAUUGUUUUACUUUUUUUCGUCGCUACAGCUGCGUUUUCUGUGUUUAGUUUAGUAUGUGUGAAAAUUAUACCGAAUUCCAUGGCCCUGUUUUAUCUAACUUCGGUUGUUGGAGGACUUUGUUUGAAUGGCUCGAUUCCACUUUUCUUUGAGCUGGCUGUGGAAUCAAGUUAUCCGGUUGCGGAAGGGAUAAACACAGGUGCGAUGACCUUCUCUAAUAAUCUUUAUUGUUUGAUAUUUCUGUCCAUACCACUCAUCCCAGGAAGUGGUACUGCUUGGAUGAAUUGGUGUCUGGUGGGUAGCUGUGUUCUCUGUAUACCAACGAUGAUACUUUUCAAAGAACGAUAUCGUAGGUUAGAAGUUGAUAUGACUGACGAAGAAGAUUCCGCUCCGACAAAUGUAGCUGCUAUGGGAAGCCCCAUUUCAUUUUAGAAAAUUUAAUUUAUUUAUAGUUUUGGUCUAUAUUUUUUAGAAAAGAAGUCAUCAAUUUAGUUAUUCGCUACACUUUUUUAUAAUUUUGUCACUAUGUAAUGUAUAUAAAAAAAGAAGACUGAGGAAGGCUAAGAAAUCAAAAUGCAAUAAGAACAACGGUCAUACUGAAAAUGUACUGGUUUUCUCUAUUUUUUAAAAAACAAACAAACACGGAAGAGUAUAGUUAGAUAUAUUUCAAGACAAAUUUUUGCACAAUUAGCGAUUUUGAGCAACUUGUCAGUAUAUUUAGAUUUUGAAUCACACAAUUUGUAAUGUACCGUAUAAUAAUAAGAAAGCUUAAAAUUUAAAUACAAACUGAGAACAAUUUCAGCCUAAAGAUAUGGAAAAUGAGAACAAUUUAAGUUAAAGCUGAAUUUCGUGUGAUUCUUAUAGUGCAUAGACAACAGUGCAUGUGUGGGAUGUCUGAGUAAGUAUACGUAAAUAUACGCAUCAACCAAAUGCUUUAUGGUUGGGUGGGACCUGAACCCAUCAUUGCAGUUCUUAGACAGCUAGUACGCAAGUUCAUGUGGAACACCAUAUAUUCUUUCAUUUUCUUAUUACUGGAGAUCAGUCAGGGAGAGCAAUUUUGAAAAAAAUAUAAAAAUAAUAGGAAUGCAAAUUAAUUUCUUCGACUGAAGUUCCAGACUGCACUUUAUCCUAAAAUAGCAUUAUUUUCUAUUUUUAUGUUAGUAUUUUCAUAUUUUUCUGUUUGUUGUAAAAUUUGAGGAUCAAACCAGUUCGUUGUGAAUAUAUUAAAAUGUGCAAUUUUCAUAUUAACCCAAUAAGCGUAUCAUUUUAAUGCUUAUAUAAUAAAUUCUAAUAUCCUUACUAUCUGAUAUCUAUCUGGGCUCCGCUGCAGCUUUAUCUUCGAGCCCCUCCCCAUCAGAGUACUUUGUAUUCUGUUUUCUGUCCGUAUUAUGUCUCUGCGCUUGCCGUGGGUAUAGUGUGGUUGGAUUUGAUUUGUCAUGUAGCCAGAGAAGGUCAACUUGGGACAUCAUGAGUUCUACUUUGAC